UUGAAAGACACGCGGUCUCAUGUCGCGUGAUUUAUUUUAGUAUACAAUUACAAGUAGCCAAUUAUAAAAUUACACGUGACAUUGACUAUAAAACAUCAUAACUAUUGUCAAAAUAAAUAAAGUGCCUCGACCUCUCCUGUUUUCGAAGCGAAGAGACAGACGGACUUGUUCUUCGACAUCGUCUGUCUUCUUUGGUGUACAGAGUCCAUACCAUACAUACCUUCCUUUUAUAAAGAGAGAGCGAGAGACAUAGACAGAGAAACAGAGCGAUCAGAAGAAACGACAUCUUCGAAAGAGGGAACCUUUUGUUUAAAAUUAAAAUUAAACAGAAGGAAACGUUUGACGGCUUGCAUAGACAUCCAUACGCAUACUCCGAGAGAUUUAUAUACUUUUCUCCGAGCCUGCAGCUCUCACUUGUUCGUUCGUGCGUUCGCCAAGAGUUGAGAUCUUUUGUCGGAAACAAACAAGCUCGCUCUCUGUGUGAUCCGUCGCCGUUUUGAUCCAGGUUUGAUUGGUUCAAGCUGCCAAGUGGAACUUUCUCUUGUAGCUGAAGAAGCUUGUUCCUCCAGAUUUGAACAAAGAAUAUUUGAGGCUGAGUAGUUGUAGUAUGCAAUAAAGUUUUCUCUCGUUUUUUUUUUGACAAGAUGAAGGCAACUAAAGGGUGGCGUCUAUGCGGAACAAGUUAUAUGCAGUCUUUGCCUGGUGCUCGUCACCGUGCUCCUACAAGGAAGCGUGUGUGGACCAUCGCUGUGGUUUCUCUGAUAACAAUGUUUGUAAUUGGGGCUUACGUUUUCCCUCAUCACAGGAGAGCUGCUUGUUAUAUGUUUUCUUCUAAAGGAUGCAAAGGGCUUACUGAUUGGCUUCCACCCGCGCCGAGGGAGCUUUCUGAUGACGAGGUUGCAGCUCGUGUAGUGAUUAGGGAAAUCUUGAGCUCUCCUCGUGUGAUUAAAAAGACUUCUAAGAUUGCGUUUAUGUUCUUGACUCCGGGGACUUUGCCUUUUGAAAAGCUAUGGGACCUCUUUUUCCAGGGUCACGAGGGGAAAUUUUCUGUGUAUAUUCAUGCAUCAAAGGAUACGCCGGUUCACACCAGUCGUUACUUUCUUAACCGUGAAAUUCGAAGUGAUGAGGUGGUAUGGGGUAGAAUAUCAAUGAUUGACGCUGAGAGACGUUUGUUGACAAGUGCUCUUAGAGAUCCGGAAAAUCAGCAAUUUGUUUUACUCUCCGAUAGUUGUGUGCCGCUUCGAAGUUUUGACUACAUGUACAACUAUAUGAUGUACAGCAAUGUCAGCAAUGUUGAUUGCUUUGACGAUCCUGGUCCACAUGGAAUCGGCAGGCAUAUGGAUCACAUGUUGCCCGUGAUUCCAAAAGAAGAUUUUAGAAAGGGUUCACAGUGGUUCUCCAUGACGCGUCAGCAUGCUGUCAUGACUAUGGCAGACAGUCUAUACUACUCAAAGUUCCGUGACUACUGUGGGCCAGGUGUAGAGAGUAACAAGAACUGCAUUGCAGAUGAACACUACCUGCCAACAUUCUUCUAUAUGCUUGAUCCUGGUGGCAUUGCUAACUGGACUCUUACAUAUGUUGAUUGGUCUGAGGGAAAGUGGCAUCCAAGAACAUUCAUGCCUGAACAUGUCACACAAGAGUUACUUAAAAACCUCACGUCCAUCGACGCUGUUUCACGCGUAACAAGUGAAGGAACGGGAAUAGUAACAUGGACACAAUGCAUGUGGAACGGAAUCAAAAGACCUUGCUAUCUCUUUGGAAGGAAGUUCCACGCAGAUACCCUGGAUAAACUGAUGGAUCUCUUUCCAAAAUACACGAGUGGUUUUGAUUGAUCGAUGCAAAGCAAAGGAGGUAUUAUUUUGACUCGGAUUCUUUGAUCAACGUCCCAUUACAUUCUAAGGAACCAAGUUUUAAACUUGGAGGAUCCCCUAGAAGAUGUAACCCGCUGCAAAGUCCCUUUUAGAGCAUAGAAAAAGCGUUGUGAUCUUGAGAAGCAUAGGAAGUGUUUUGAGGGUUUUUCAUUUGGUUGGGGACGUUGGGACAUUUUUAACUAAACUGUUUACUACAUUUCAUUGUUAAUCUUUUCUGAGUGAUUUUGUUUUCCUCCUUUUGUUGAAAUUGCUAUUAAGCAUUUUUCUUUUGCUUAGACAAAAUUCUCUAGAACUACAUUCUUAUUAAUGCA